ACUGUGGAUUCAUCACAUCAGGGCCAAUACAGCUGUGACUAUUCAUACCACAGAGAAAUCACAUCACCUAGGAGCAGCUCUAUUAACAUUACUGUGGUGAAUUUGCUGCAGCCUAAUAUCACCCUCAGUGCUCCUGAUGGAUGGUUCCACUGGUGGCUUCAAGGAUCUGAGGUGAUCAGGGGCUACAACUUCUCCAUCACCUGCUCCAUUGAACCACAGUAUCCAGGAGGCUCCUUCCACUUGGAGUUCAGUGGAACCAGAAACAGAACUCAGUCAGCUGUUAACCACUCAAACACCUUCUUCUUUCCCAAGGCAGAUUUUGUGGACCAGGGAAACUACAGCUGUGUUUAUGAAGUCACUGUGUCUUCACGCACAUUUAGCUCUCCUACCACUGAACUCUUGGCUGUCACUGUGAAAGUGUCACCAGUUCCCUUCAUCGGUUCUGGGGUGGCAGCAGGACUGUUACUCAUACUAGUGCCAAUCAUCAUUGUCUUGAUAAAGAGAUGUCAAAAACGAAAAGGUCAGAUGUCUGUGAAGAUGGAUCACAGCGUUUGUGCCAAGAACACAUACGGGACUGCCAGAGAGACGACUGACAUGGAUUAUGAAAAUGCAGAAACUAUUUUUCACCAAAGCGAAGAUUCAGAUGAUUGUGAUACGGACUAUGUCAAUAUGGAGGGUAAUGUAGGGAAGAUGGAAAUGGGCAAUGACUUUGCAGGGAACAAGAUGGAUGAUGACGUAGGUGAUUACGAAAAUGUAGCAGUCACUGUCCACCAGAGGGAGGAUUUGGAUGCUUCUGACGAGGGCUACAUUGACUUAGAAACAAUGACCAUGGACAAUCAGUUUAAUGAUGAAAAAAUGUUGUGUAAACAUGGAGAAGUAUGGUAAAAAAAUUGUUAUCCAGUAUCACUUUAAUUCAAACUUGAAGUGCUCCUUUAUUCAUAAAUCACAAAAAAGGGAAUCAAAAGUCACUCAUCACUGGGUACAAUGAAAUCUGCCCAGUCUAAA